CAUAGCUCUAAACCAAAGCACCAAAGUUUAGCAGCAGCAGCCACUCCUCAGAGUUCAAAAAUUCCCCAAAAUAGUAACAGUUAGAGAUUGCCAAAUGGGUGCCAAUAUGAAUUUCAAAGGGUUCAUGACGGACUUCCAAGGCGACGGCGGAGGCCGGCCACCGGGAAUCAACAACAACAACAACAGCAACGCCUUAGCGCGGGAGGCGUCGAUCUACUCCCUCACGUUCGACGAGUUGCAGAACAGCAUGGGUGGACCAGGUAAAGAUUUUGGGUCUAUGAACAUGGAUGAGCUGUUAAAGAGUAUCUGGAGCGCGGAGGAGACUCAGACUAUGGUCCCUAGUGGUGUGGUGACCGGAGGUCAAGAUGGGUAUAGUCAGGGGCACCUGCCUCUGCAGAGGCAGGGGUCGUUGACGCUGCCUCGGACGCUGAGCCAGAAGACGGUGGAUGAGGUGUGGAGGAAUCUUUCGGCUAAGGAAGAAAAUGGCGGCACCGCCGGGCCGAAGGCGCCGCAGAGGCAGCAGACUUUGGGGGAGAUGACGUUGGAGGAGUUCUUGGUAAGAGCUGGAGUUGUGAGAGAAGAUGGUCAAGUUGGUUCUAAGCUAGGUGGCAGCGGGUUUUUCGGGGAGUUGGCUCGGUUUGGGAACGGUGGUGGUGGUGGUGUAGGAUUCGGGUUUCAGCAGCCGGAUCGUGGUAGUGUGGGGGUUAUGGGGAGUAGGAUUUCGGAGAAUGGCAAUCAAAUUGGGAAUUUAAAUUCAAAUAUGCCGCUGAAUGCUAAUGGUGUUAGAUCAAGUCAGCAACAGCAACAGGCACCGCAGCAGCAGCCGCAGCAGCUGCAAAUAUUCCCCAAGCAGCAGCCUGUGACUUACAGUACUUCACAGAUGGCUCUGGGGCCGAAUUCGCAGUUAGGGAGUCCGGGAAUGAGGGGUGGGAUUAUGGGGAUCGGCGAGCAGGGUAUAAAUAAUGCUCUGGUUCAGAGUCCAGUGCUGCAAGGAGGAGGAGGAGGAGGGAUGGGGAUGGUUGGACUAGGAGCUGGCAAUGGUCGAGUGGCUGCAGUGUCUCCGGCGAAUCAGCUGUCGUCAGAUGGGAUUGGAAAUGGGAAGAGUAAUGGGACUGAUACGUCGUCGGUUUCACCAAUGCCUUAUGUGUUUAACAAUGGUUUUAGGGGAAGGAAAGGCGGGCCUGUGGAGAAAGUUGUUGAGAGGAGACAGAGGAGGAUGAUCAAGAACAGAGAGUCGGCUGCCAGAUCAAGAGCUCGCAAACAGGCUUACACAAUGGAGUUGGAAGCAGAAGUUGCAAAGCUAAAAGAGGAGAACCAGGAGUUGAAGAAGAAACAGGAUGAAAUGAUGGAACUGCAGAAGAAUCAGGAUAUAGAGAUUCAAAAUCUUCAAAGAGGAGGCAAGAGACGUUGCUUGAGACGAACACAGACCGGUCCAUGGUAAAGUGCAGAGCUUGGGGAUCGGGGUUACAUUGUGGGAAAGGUGGUGGCUGUACAUAUUUAAGGAUCAUGUGUCUUGUGCUGUAGAUUUUUUUGAAAGGUUUAGUGUGCUGUAGGUUGAACUUGCAUUUAUUUUGUAUCCAUGCUUCUCUUCUGGACAGUAUGAGUAGGUAGGUGAGGGGAAGCAAAAUAUGGUCAGGGAGAUAUCUUUGAUACAUAUUAUAGAAUCUGUCCAGGUCCCGUUACCUAUAAAUUAGUCAGACAAGUAUUUUAGCAGCAUCUACCUCGGACCCUUUGCAGUAUCUUUUUAUGUUAUCACUUUCCGUAUUUUAAUUCAAUUUCUUGAACAAUAUAGAGAUUAUUAUUAUCAUGGAG